UGUGUGGCUCCUCCCCUUCAGCUCCAGCAGGUUUAGAGGAUUUACCGCAGCCUGCUGCAGACCAACGGAGCCACAGGGCGAACAGUCAGGCACCUGCUUCCCUGCAACCCUUUUUUAACCGAGACAGCUUAUCUCCACGCUUUUAAUUUUUGCUACCUCACAUUUUAGUCUUCCGUUUUAACUUUUUUUCGACUUUACGCCCAAAAUGAGCGACUUUAUAUCAGAAGUUCGGCCGUAAUAUCCAUUGCGCUGUUUGAAGCGGCCACCUCCAUCUCUGAGUGUCCGUGACACCAGCCCCGCGUCUGACUGUCCCUCCCCGGCUUCCGUGAUGCCGCCGGGUGUUGUGACUGCUCCGCGCAGCUCGCCGGCUGCCUGCAUGUGUGACUGCUGCGUUGGGAAAGGGAGACCCUACUUCAGUGAGAACUCCGUACUCUCGCAGGGAGACAUUUAUCAACUCAUCAGCGAAAGCUUCCUGACAGUAAAAGGGGCGGCCCUCUUCUUACCUCGAGGAAAUGGCUCCCCCCUCUCCACUUCGUCUCGUUUCUCCCAGCUGCGGAGUAAACAUGCAGGAGACAUCCAGCAGCACCUCCAGACAAUGUUCACACUCCUCAGGCCGGAGGACAACAUCAAGUUGGCUGUCCGGUUGGAAAGCACUGGUCCUCAGGUGACCCGUUACAUGGUGGUCGUCUCAACCAACGGUCGCCAGGAUACAGAGGAGAGCGUGGUGCUGGGGAUGGACUUCAGUCCUGUAGACGGGUCCUGUUCUGUGGGCCUGGUUUUACCUUUAUGGAGUGACACUUUAAUACAUCUGGAUGGAGAUGGAGGUUUCAGCGUAUCAACUGAUAACAGAAUUCAUGUUUUCAAACCUGUUUCCGUGCAGGCCAUGUGGUCGGCCCUGCAGUCACUCCAUAAAGCAUGUGAAGUCGCUCGCUGCCACAACUACUUUCCAGGCAGCUUGUUUCUCACAUGGGUCAGCUACUAUCAAAGCAGAGUGUCCUCUGACCAGACCCGCAUCAACGAGUGGAACGCCAUGCAGGACGUUCAGUCCCACCGCGCUGACUCACCUGUGCUCUUCUCUGACAUACCCACAGAGAGAGAACUAACUGAGAGGCAGAUCAAAACCAGCUUGAGGGAAAUCAUGACGCAGAAAGAUCUGGAGAACGUUACCUGUAAAGAAAUCCGAACAGAGCUGGAAAUGCGCAUGACAUGUAACCUGCGGGAGUUCAAGGAAUUCAUAGACAACGAGAUGAUUGUGAUUCUGGGCCAGAUGGACAGUCCCACAGAGAUCUUUGAUCAUGUCUUCUUGGGAUCUGAGUGGAAUGCAUCCAAUCUAGACGAGCUGCAGAAGAGCGGAGUCCAGUACAUCCUGAAUGUAACGAGGGAGAUUGAUAACUUUUUCCCCGGCGUGUUCGAGUACCACAACAUCCGUGUUUACGACGAGGAAGCUACUGACCUGCUCGCCUAUUGGAACGACACCUUUAAGUUCAUAUCAAGAGCAAAGAAGUCUGGGGCCAGGUGCCUGGUGCACUGUAAAAUGGGAAUCAGCCGCUCUGCCGCCACAGUGAUCGCUUACGCCAUGAAGGAGUACGGCUGGGAUUUGAAAAAAGCCUUUGCGUACGUCAAAGAGCGCCGCACUGUGACCAAGCCAAACCCUUCGUUCAUGCGACAGCUGGAGGAGUAUCAGGGAAUACUCCUGGCCAGCAAGCAGCGGCACAACAAGCUGUGGCGUUCUCACUCUGAUAGCGAUCUGUCUGAGCACCACGAGCCUCUGUCCACAUGCUAUGCCCAGCCCCACAGUCUGGGUCGCUCAGACCCGCACAACCAGGCCAGCAUCACCCCUGGUCAAUCUAUGAAAGAACUGCUGGAGUCCAUGGGAACUCCACCCGGCAAAGCAGCAGCCUCCUCCUCCUCCCAGCCCGACGCUGGCGUCUCGUCUAAUCAGCUUGGCUCCUCUUCCUUUGAAGGGCUGGCGACUCUAUCGGGUGACGCUGAAGCUCAAAGCCUCAAGGCUUCUUCUCGUGCCGCCAAGAGCAGCCAGGAUUCCGCGGCUGGUUCUGUGACCUUAUCUCCUCUGCUCUGCAACACUUCAUGUACCUCGCAGGAGCGGCCUUCAGCACCUCGUCCCUCUGAGCCCAUGGCCGCCACCGUGGUGCCCGAAACUCAAAAGACGAACAUAGUGACUUUUGCACAAAGCGUUUUGGUCGACCAGCCCCACCCACCUUUACCUGGUCACCACCCGCUCCCUUCUCCCGCUCCGUCACCAGCUCCUGCAAACACAGACGAGCCCAUCAAACCGCAGGGACCCCCCUGCUCUCCAGCUGUGACAAAACCCCCUGUGGCGUCGACCCCUGCUUCCACAACGCCAAGCGCAGACCAAGCUUCGCCACCGGGGUCCAUCAGAAAAGAUGACGGCGAUAGACCAGCAUCUGGCCUGUCGUCAGACGGUGCAGCAGCGAAUCCGUCCUCGGCUAAUGAUUUCGUCAGUGCCAUCCCACAAGACAACGUGUUGCUGUUUGGCCAUAGCGCGGAUCACAUCAACUUCUUCAGCGCCAGAGAGAAGUUCAAGGGAAUGAGUCAAGACAGCAAAGCUGCAGCGCAGAACUCCAACCUGCUGAAAAGCUGUGGCAAAGAAAACCAGUCAGUCCCCUCAAGUGAGGAGAAGGAAGAGGAACGAAAGGACACGCCCGCUCCUGUGCAGGUCACAGGAGCCAAGUCCUCAGAGACCCUUUGCCAACCUGUAGCUCAGAGCUCCCGAGACCAAAACGUGACAAAACCAGAGACGGAGGAGCGCGAGGAUGAGGUGAUCUCUCAGCAGGAGCCUGCAGACGUCAAAGAGGAAGUGAAGAAUAAAGAGGAGGAUGAUGGGACUUCUCCUCGUCUCUAUAGCAACUGGACUCGGGGCUCCGUCCGGCGUGCCACUCAACAGUUAGAGCAAAGAAUGAAGAAGGAGCAUGAAACUCCGUCGCCUUCCUCGUCCCCGCCAUCUCUCUCUGGCUGCAGCUCCCACUCUCAGCGCCGUCCGCACAGCGUCCACACGUCAACAGUGUCUCCGCCUCCGAGCGCGUCGGUUUGCAGGCAGGCGUCAGCGGCUGGCGCUCUGAAGGAGGGAGAUAGUGGGAAGUCUAGAACUGCUGGAAUGGAGGUUCAGAAGGGACACAGAUUCCAGCCUGCUGAUACCAGACUGCUGUCUACCUCGUCUCAUUUACACUACUCUGCCAAGUCCCCGUUUGCCUCCAUCAACUUCCUGUGCUUGGAGGGCGUGACAGAAUUGGAGUCGGGCACAGACUGGGACUGCUUCAUGGAGGGAGCUCACAGCGACGUGGUCAUGAGGGAGACGUGGGAGACCCUGUGCGAGCUGGGCGCCUUCCUGCAGCAGGUGAGCAUGGACGGAACCCGCAAGGCCUGCCACGCCGGUCCGUCUGCGAAGCGAGGAAGCACCUUCCAAAAGAAGCUGGUGGAAGCCAGGAUUCGCCAGGCGGGACUGACCCCGCCCUCUCUGAUGAAGCGCUCCGCCUCACUGGCCAAACUGGGCUGCCUGGAACUGCUCGCCAACGAUCUGAACGAAUGGGAGCUCAGCUGCUCCCUCGUGGCGACUCCCUCCGAACAAACCCCGGUCCACCCGGCCGGGGACGAGUCCAAGAAGCAGCGCGUGCACAACUCGACCCGCUCAGAAGGCGAGCAGCCAGAAACCCACUAUAUCCCAGCGAAGACGCUUCACGAAGCGAGCGACCCCCCGCCACAGAAUCAACAGCUCCGGAGACUCCUAAGCGCCGGUCAGGACUCCUGGCUCCCCCCUGGGCCCACGUUGCUGACAACAAGGCAGCAAUAUGGAAGAACUCACCCCUUGAGGCGACUCAAAAAAAGAACCGUCAGCACGCCGUACCACACCAUGUGACCCUCAUGCACCCGCCUGCAUUGGGAAAAUCCGUCGCACAGAUAUAAGAUUUAUUCAGCAGAACCCACCGAUGCCUUUUGCCUUAAAGACACGUUUUAGUCGUUUCUGUGUUUUUCUGCACAUCUUCCUCAGCCUCUGGAAAACUCAGACGUAUGAGUUGGAAUGAAAGGAAGGCUUGAGCUAAAAUGACCUUUUCGGAAAGCAGCUGAAACAAUCAUUAGUGUGUGGAAGGUGUUGUGAAUGUGGUUUGGGCUCCAUGCACUCCUCAUGCUGUGCUGGUUGACUCUUUAUCAUUCUGUGUUUAAAGCCGUUUCACUGCUCCAACCCCUUUAAUGGUGGAAUGUAGUCUUUAUUACUCAGAUUCCCAUCAAUAUCUGAACGUGCUUUCUGAUUGGUGUAAACAUAUCAACCCGAAUCAUCAGUGUGCAACUUAAAAGAUAAUCAAAAGUAAAAAAAAAAAAAAUCAAAACUCAGGAUGGACUGGUUUUGAGGCCAAAAAAUGAUUUUUUUUUUUCAAAUUUCUAAAAUCUGUAACAACUUUUAGGUUCUGGUUUCCUCGGAUCCCCCUUUCAAUCAGAAAUCAUUUCACCCCGUGACAAACUAAACUAAAAACAUCUUUCACCUCAUGACAGUCGUGAAGUAUGAAUGACAAAGGCAGAGAAAAAGGCGGGAUUUAGGCGUUAAAGGCUGAGUGUACAUUUGUGAGUUUCUUGCUGUGUUCUCUUUGGGAUGUAAAGGUUUAUAUUGUGUCAAGACUUUGACCUGUAGGUGAAUAUAUUAUUUUUUUUUGUUCUUUUUUUUUUAAAUCUCAUUUUGUGUCGGGAGUGCAACUGUGCAGCACAAUUUUUACCACAUGGAUGUGCACAUCGUUUUUAAAAAUCCUUUUUUUUGUUGAAAUGUUAGGCAAACGAGACCUCUCUGCGAUCAGAAAUGUCUGUCAAACGUGCACUUUACUCCCUUUUGGUUUUCAUUUUUUUAAAUGUGGAUUUUUUUUUUCUUCUGCGUGUUUGCUGCUUUCUGGGGAGCAUGCUGAUGUAGUGACAGACGUUGAGGUAUGUUUGUGUAUGGUCCAACUUUUUUCUUUGUUUUUUCUUUCAUUUUAAACUAUUAGUGUAAAUAUGAUUUUAUAUAAUGUGGUUUGACUGUGACCAUUAAACAGUGGAGAUUAUCAUAAAA